GCAUGGGUGUCAGAUUGGACAGCUGACGGGAUUUAAAGUUGUGCUUGGCUUGUGCUUGGUUUGUAGUCGUCUACCCCAUGAACAUAUUCAAGGAUAUCAAUUGAACGAAAAAUGAUUGGAAUUCCAAAAAGAUAUUUAUUGUGGUUCGCGCACGAGCACGUCGAUUUCAGGAUAGCGGAAAUCGAAUCUAUUUGUGAGAUGUACGAUAUUAAAGUCACGACAAUUCUGAGGCCUGACGAGUAUCCAUAUUGGAUAAUCGAGUCGGAUUCAGAAGAUGCUGUAAAAAAAAUUGCUAGCAGAUCCAUAUCGCUUCGUUCCUGCAUUGAAUUGUGGGGUGAUGGGGGCAGUCAUGAAGAUUUGCACAGGAGUUUGAAGGAGUACCCGCAAGAAAACAUGAGACUACAUCUUAAUAAUGAAAAAUCCUUCAAAGUUAUUGUUGAAACAUUUUGUAAGCAUUUUUCACAAGAUGAGAAAAUUAAGAAAAUAGAGUCCUUUAGUUAUCUGCCAAUAGAGGGUCCUGUAAAUUUGCGAAAUCCAGAUACAGCAUUGAUGUAUAUAGAGUAUUACGGACUAGAUCCUAAUACAAUACCUGACAAACCUUAUCACCUUUUUUUCGGAAGACUGGUGGCUGAUGGCCAGAGACAAUUAAUACGUAAACUAUCUCUCAAAACGCGAAAUUUCAUAGGAAAUACUUCAAUGGAUCCUCAAUUAUCUUUGAUAAUGGCCAAUCAAGCGCAAGUAAAAAAUGGAGAUUUAAUUCUCGAUCCGUUUGUUGGUUCCGGGUCGCUACUUGUUGCAGCAUCUCAAUUUGGAGGGUACACUCUCGGUACAGACAUAGAUUAUCUAAUGCUUCAUGCACGCACAAGGCCCUCUCGGAUAUCACAGAAGACCAGAGGGAAAGACGAAAGUAUAGCAUCGAAUAUGAAGCAAUAUGGAACAAGUUCAUAUUACAUCGAUGUCUUAGUGACAGAUUUCUCUUUACCUGUCUGGCGUUCAGACAUGAGAGUCGAUGCAAUUAUCACAGAUCCUCCAUAUGGAAUAAGAGAAGCAACGGAGCGUGUAGGUACCAUAAAAAGACAGCCUGUAAUCGACCAGCAUCAAGUAGCUAGUCAUAUACCUUCUAAGAUUGACUACGGGCUGCCUCAGAUGUUCGUUGAUCUGCUCUCAUUUGCUGCGAAUCAUUUAUGUAUUAACGGCAGAUUGGUAUGCUGGUUUCCUUUGUUCAGGGAGCACUAUGCAGACGAGCAGCUUCCUUCACAUCCAUGUUUGCAAUUAAUUGCCAAUUCGGAACAGAUUCUGAGUACAUAUACAAGUCGCCGCUUGCUCACUUAUAAGAAAAUUCGAGAUCCUCAGGAUGAUGAUCCAAUUGAUGAUUCGAAUGUAUUAGACUUCCGUGUAAGAUAUUUCGGACAUGGAGAUGAAACAAGAAAAGAAAGAAGAAUGAAGAGAGCAGAACAGAGGGCAAAGAAUAAAGAGAAUUGGGAAAAAAAUAUUAAGUCAAAAACUGCAAGAUGACUAAAUCUUUUUUAAAUAUAAAAGUGGUAAAAGUUUAUUUAACAAACCUGCUUUUUACUUUAUUUAAAACGCACUUUUACACGAAUAAAAAUACUUUUUUACCAUUUAUUAUUUCUCAGCAAAGACAUCAUGCGAGUAGAAAUUGCAAACGUGGUCUUUUUUCAAAAUACCACAGUAUUUUUAAAGGUGCUAUUCGACUUCAAUUCUCAAGGUCGCCUAAAUGUUGUUCAUGUACCGUCACAUCAAAAGCUCUUCACGUAUAGAUCCCGUUUCAAAACAUACGUAGACAU